AUUAUCAGUAGUCAUACUUAAAUCUCAGUGAAUUUUCCCACUAAAUCACAUUGUUGGGUAUUUGGCCCAGUGUGUGGAAGGGACUGGCAUAAGACAUAUACUGUAUUUCCCAGUUGCUUGUGUUAAUACCAUAAUCAAUUAAUUUGUUCUAGUCUCAUUAAGAGGCCAAAUGAAGCUCUGAGGUUCAUUUAGAUACAAAUGAAAUACCCUUAGAAGAUUGCUCAAAAUGAUUGAUAUAACAUAAGUAUAUAUUUUUUCUUUAUGAUCUUUGACCCAAAUUAUCUAGGCAUUUGCUGCAAAUUUACAUUUUUAAAAAAUACCAAAAUCAGUCAUUUCCAAAUUACUAUUUUGAUAAAGUAACUGUUUUGAGCUGGCAGCAUCCAAAUAAAACAGCCCUUUAUUUCACAGUUGAAAAUUUGAAAUUGCCAGAUAAUUAACAUUUGUAGGAAUUAUCAAUUUACUUAUUGGCCUACGGGAUGAACCCAGCUGUUUUUCAGAGAUGUCAUCACUGUCUAUGGCCUAUCUACUCUGCUUUUUUACUGACCAGAGCAGUUUUGAGACAAAAAUAUUUGAGAACAUCCUUUAGGGCAAUUUGAUGGUGAACAUUGUGUAUUUCUGCCAAUGUAAUUUUUGUUGUUUUUAUAAAGCCAGAAUAUCUGUAUCAGAUAAUAUUGCUUUCCUUUUCUCUUUAUAAUUUCUUUUAUCACAUUUGAAUAAAUCACUUAGUGGUAAACUAGAAGUUGUGAAACGCUUAUAACAGCUGUAUAUCUUCAUAUUACACUUUAGCAGCAUGUAUCAUCUUCCAUUCUACCUGCUAUCUUCUAUGUGCGGUUAGUACAGGUAAAGAGAGUACAUUUAAUUGUCUAGGAGACCCCUGAGGAUACUGUAGUAAUCUAGAGAGUCUCAUGGACUUUUGAGGGCGUUUGAGAUUCUGGGCUGGAGAGAGUAGGGUGGGGUCUCUGGGCAGAAGCCAGCCUACAUGUCAUCUGUAUUUUGGGAGUGAACCUCGCAUGCAGAAUAGAAUGUGGCCUGAACACUGCCAGCUCUAGCCGACCAAAUCCCAAGGUGAGAGAGAUGCAGGCUUCGGGUGCUAAGCCGCUGUAGCUGGCUGGACAAAAAGGCCACCCAUCUUUCCUGAAUACUUAGAACACGUCGCUUCACUGCACCAUGUGUGGCAUUUGGGCCCUCUUUGGCAGCGAUGACUGCCUUUCUGUUCAGUGCCUGAGUGCGAUGAAGAUUGCACACAGGGGUCCGGAUGCAUUUCGCUUUGAGAAUGUCAACGGAUAUACCAACUGCUGCUUUGGAUUUCACCGGUUGGCGGUGGUUGACCAGCUGUUUGGAAUGCAGCCAAUUCGAGUAAAGAAAUAUCCUUAUUUGUGGCUAUGUUACAACGGAGAAAUCUACAACCACCGGAAGCUGCAACACCAUUUUGCAUUUGAAUAUCAAACCAAAGUGGAUGGUGAGAUAAUCCUUCAUCUUUAUAACAAAGGAGGAAUUGAGCAAACUGCUAGUCUGUUGGAUGGGGUAUUUGCGUUUAUUUUACUGGAUACAGCGAAUAAGAAGGUGUUCCUGGGCAGAGAUACCUAUGGAGUCAGACCGUUGUUUAGAGCCAUGACAGAAGAUGGAUUUUUGGCUGUGUGUUCAGAAGCUAAAGGUCUUGUUAACUUGAAGCACUCCACAGCUCCUUUUUUAAAAGUGGAGCCUUUUCUCCCAGGACACUAUGAGGUUUUGGAUUUAAAGCCAAAUGGCAAAGUUGCAUCAGUGGAAAUGGUCAAAUAUCAUCACUGCAGAGAUGAGCCUCUACACGCCCUCUAUGACAGCGUCGAGAAGCUAUCCCCAGCAAGGAACUCAGCCCGAGCAUGUCUGGCGCUGUUUCACCUACUUCAUGUAUUCACAGGUUUUGAGAUAGAAACCGUGAAGAGCAACCUCCGCAUCCUUUUUGACAAUGCCAUUAGGAAACGUUUGAUGACAGACAGAAGGAUUGGCUGUCUUCUAUCAGGGGGCUUGGAUUCCAGUUUGGUUGCUGCCACCCUGAUGAGGCAGCUAAAGGAAGCCCAAGUCCAGUACCCUUUCCAGACAUUCGCCAUUGGCAUGGAAGACAGUCCUGAUUUACUAGCUGCCAGAAAGGUGGCAAAUCAUAUUGGGAGUGAACACCAUGAAGUCCUCUUUAACUCUGAGGAAGGUAUUCAGGCCCUGGAUGAAGUCAUAUUUUCCUUGGAAACUUAUGACAUUACAACAGUUCGCGCUUCAGUGGGUAUGUACUUAAUUUCCAAGUACAUUCGGAAGAACACAGAUAGUGUAGUGAUCUUCUCUGGAGAAGGCUCAGAUGAACUUACGCAGGGUUACAUAUAUUUUCACAAGGCUCCUUCUCCGGAACAGGCCCAGGAGGAGAGCGAGAGGCUGCUGAAGGAGCUCUAUCUGUUCGAUGUCCUCCGCGCAGAUCGAACCACUGCUGCCCACGGCCUGGAAUUGAGGGUCCCAUUCCUGGACCAUCGGUUUUGUUCCUAUUACUUGUCUCUGCCGCCUGAUAUGAGAAUCCCCAAGAACGGGAUAGAAAAACAUCUCCUGAGAGAGACAUUUGAGGACUCCAAUCUGCUACCGAAAGAGAUUCUCUGGCGACCGAAAGAAGCCUUCAGUGAUGGCAUAACCUCCGUUAAGAAUUCCUGGUUUAGGAUUUUACAGGAACAUAUUGAGCAUCAGGUUGAUGAUGCAAUGAUGGCAGCGGCAGCCCAGAAGUUUCCCUUCAACACUCCUAAAACGAAAGAAGGCUACUACUACCGUCAAAUCUUUGAACGCCACUACCCAGGCCGGGCUGACUGGCUGACCCACUACUGGAUGCCCAGGUGGAUUAACGCCACCGACCCUUCUGCACGCACUCUGACCCAUUACAAGUCAGACACCAAAGCGUAGGCACUUUCUAAGAACAUUUACAUAUUGUGAAGGGUAAAGGACUUGGGGGCUCCAGAGGUAGCAUUGAGCUUCAUCUGCCCAGGUGGUGAAAAAAAUAAAAGUCUUAAAUCUAAAA